GGAGGACAGGGGGAGGAGGAGGAGGAGCAGGGAGAAGGAGAGGGAAGGAGGAGAAAGAAGAGAAGACAAAAGAUUCAUAAAACUAAAGCAGUUGUGGACGACAGCAAAAGUUCUCGUAAAGUUUUUACCCCUCACAAGUUGAAGGAAUGGGCAGCUUUCCAGUGGUCCUGCUCCUCUGCAGUUUCCACGCACUCACAGCUGUAGCCCAAUUCCAGCAGACUGAGAUCACUCCGGCACCUGCAGCCACCUUACCGCCAAACUGCAGAGAGGAGAUGUAUCCUUGCACCAGGAUGUACUCGGUUCACCGGCCUCUCAAGAGAUGUAUCGGUGGUCUUUGUAUCUACAGCCUUCCUCGUGUCUACGUGAUCAACAAUGAGAUCUGUAUGAGGACAGUCUGCGCACAGGAUGAGUACCUGAAAGCCGAGCUCUGCAGAGAGUUGUCCGGCUGGCCCAGGCGCGUCGAGAGGUCAACUUAUAUGAAACGUUGUCGCAAUCGCCGUAGCAACCCCAAAACCUGGGCAAACAAGGCCUAAACAGCACCCAGGCUGGCGUAUUCAGUGCCGGUUAGGAUGGAGCCCCCCCCAUAGAGACGCACAGCAGGAACGUUGUUAUAAAGGCAACCCGUAACACCAUAAAUCCACAACUCUACAGCUGGGGGUCUCCUCCUGUCUCUUAACAUAUACACAUACGUGUGCUGAGUCAUAUCUAUGUUCAUGUUAUAGUCUCCUGUGUGUAAGUUCUGAAGGUUUGCUCAUUUCAGCUGUGUUGUUGGACACAGAUCAUGUCUUACAUGGUUUACGACCCAUUUAAAGUACUGUAGUAAUGGGCCUAUAGCAGCACUGAGUCAUUUCAUUGUACAAAGAAAGACCCACUCUCUCCUGGAUUGUAAGGUACUCGUUGACGGUCCAGUAUUAUGUGCACUAUUGUAACCAAAUAUAAACGUAUUCACACACCUAA